GUCUUAUUAUUAUGUACACAGCCCUGGAAAUCACGCUUGCCAAAAAAGCGUAAAAUGCUUUUUCAGGGCAAGUAGACGGGGAAAGAACUCUCACGGUUUGUCGUGUGGUCUAAGAAACCGUCCAGUUUCUAUAGUCACCCUUUUGGACGAAGGGUAUCAUCGGCGCUAACCCAGGAGAUGUGGUAGGCGGAAUGCACACGGUGUCACUAAGUACCUCUCUCGCCAUGUCUAUCAUCAUGAUGUUGGUGAUGAUAAUGGCCAAAGCUCCAAUCACUGGAAUACAGCCGAUGUUUCCAUUUACCCCAACCCACAUCAACGCUAAAAUGUCCUGUAUGCCCAUGGAACGCUUGAUUGCUGUCUUUUUCGCCGCACUGGGCGCUGCUGACUACCUCCCAAUCAGCAUCGCAGUUAUCAUGGGCAUCUGCUUGCUCGAGAGCAUUGGGAUUGGAGUGACUGUCAUUUCGGACAAUGUCAUUGGACGCACGUGGUGUAGCGUUGUAUUUGCCUCCAUUUGAGACUUCCCGCUUUGCCGGUCCUGUCUGAGCACUUUCUAUCUUGACUGCUUGAGACUUGGUGUUCUGAUUUUGAAGGGUAGACAUGUUUGGUAGUAAGUAGAGCCCAAGCGGAAGAAAACGUCCUUUGAGAUGCUGCUUCAGAGAUUGAGGGUCGGUGGCUAUAAAGAGAGAGCAGAAACGAAUUUAAAUAGACAUAGGAAGGAGAUGAGGAGGAG